AUGACACACCGGACACUGCACAAGACACACCGGGCACCGCACAAGACACACCGGACACCGCACAUGACACACCGGACACCGCACAAGACACACCGGACACCGCACAUGACACGCCGGACACCGCACAUGACACGCCGAACACCGCACAAGACACACCGGACACCGCAAGAGACACACCGGACACCGCACAUGACACACCGGACACCUUACAUCGGACACCGGACACCGCACAAGACACACCGGACACCGCACAUGACACACCGGACACCGCACAUGACACACCGGACACCGCAUAUGACACACCGGACACCGCACAUGACACACCUCACACCGCACAUGACACACCGGACACCGCACAUGACACACCGGACACCGCACAAUACACAGCGGACACCGCAAGAGACACACCGGACACCUCACACACACCGGACACCGCACAUGACACACCGCACACCGCACAUGACCUAUCGGACACCGGACACCGCACAAGACACACCAGACACCGCACAUGACACACCGGACACCGCACAUGACACACCAGACACCGCACAUGACACACCGGACACCGCACAUGACACACCGGACACCGCACAAGACACACCGGACACCGCACAUGACACACCGGACACCGCACAUGACCUAUCGGACACCGCACAUGACACACCGCACACCGCACAAGACACACCGGACAUGACACACCGGACACCGCACAUGACACACCGGACAUUACACACCGGACACCGCACAUGA